GUUUUUAAGUCGAUUUUACUACGUAUUUUUAUUUUAAAAAUAAUGGUUUUAUUUUAAAUUUGAUCGAAAUCGCAAUUCUGAUGUUUAGUUUUGAAAAGAUUAUUACAUUUUACUUAUAUGAUUGGCUAUGAAUAUAUUGAUUAUCUGCUUUAUAAUACUUCUUCAUAGUAAACAGUCACAUGGAUCCUUGAAUUUUAAUGAGGAAAGGGAAUCAAUUUGUGAAAAUGAAGAACCCUGUCGAGCUCCUAAAAUAAAAAUUGGUCCACAAAAUAUAUCCUUAUCACUUGGUGAUUAUGCUGAACUCACUUGUGUUGCUCGUGGCAACCCUGUACCUUCUAUCAAAUGGAUGAAAAACGAAAUGUUAAUAUCAGAUUUUAAUCGCUUUCAUAUUAAAAAUGAAAAGUUUAGAGCAAAGUCAAAUGGCCCUAUUCGUGGAAUUAAUUCAAAGCUUGAAAUAAUGAAAAUUGAAAAUGAGCAAUUUGGUACCUAUAAAUGCCUGGCAAAAAAUAGUAGAGGAACAUCAAUUAGUUCAAAUGGUAUCAUAACCCUGAAAGCUCGCAAAACUAACUUGCUGCUUCCUGAAAAUGUUCCUGGCAGUUCAAAGUAUAUUGAACAUGGUAAAGAGCACCAAUGUGUUUCAAAGCUAAACAGUUCUGUAUGUGCUGCAUUUUUUGAUUCAAAAAAGUUUUUUUAUAAAGAUGAUACAACUGAUGAUAAACUAGUUAUGUUAUCAAAAAUUGCUGAAUAUGAAAGUUUUAGUUCUUUUUUUUCGCAACGAUGUCGUAGCCAUGCAAUGGCAUUUUUAUGUUUUUACAAUUUACCCUAUUGUCAAAAUUCUCUUGAUAGCAAGCCAAAAAAGAUGGAUGUGUGUCAGCAAGAUUGUAUUAAAUUAAGUACUGAAUACUGCAAAAGUGAAUUUCUUCAAGCUAAAGAUGACCGGUUUCUUCGUUUAUUGAUACCUGAUCAUUGCAGCACUCUUUCUAAAGAUAAUUGUAUCCAAGUACUUAAGUUGUAUAGUAAAGCUCCAAAUGAUGAUCUGAAGCAUGUUAAUAUCAAUAAUCUCGUUCACCCAAAAGUCACCAGCAUAUGGUAUACCAUUGUGCCCUGUUUAAUUUUCUCGGUUUUCAUAUCAGUGAUUAUAAUUUCAUUGGCAUGGAGGCGACACAAAAAAAGUUAUCAAUCCCCUUCUAAAAUGCAAACACAGAUUUUCCCAAGAGUCAAUCCAAAGAUACUUGAAAUAGACCGUGCAGAUCUGUGCGAUUUUCGGCUUCUGGGAGAUGGUAGUUUAGGCUGUGUUUAUUCUGCUGAUUAUACAGGAAACAAAGACGGUAAAACGUUUACAGAAUGUGUUGCAGUUAAGUCUAUUAUUAAUAAAGCUUUGCCAAAACAAAUUGAAGACUUCGUUCGCGAAGCUGAAACACGAGCAAACUUUAAACACGAAAAUGUAGUUGCUUUAGUUGGUGUUAUUAGCAAAGAAGAACCGCUUUCACUCAUUUAUGAAUAUACCGAAUUUGGCGACUUGCAUGAGUAUUUGCUUCGUCAUUCACCUAAUUUUAGUGACGCACAUGCCAACGAUAAUUGCGAUCCUUUGGAGUUCAGUGAUCUGUUGGCUAUUAGUACCCAGGUUGCAAAUGGUAUGGCGUAUCUAAGUUCACAUGCAUUUGUUCAUAAAGAUUUAGCUGCUCGAAAUUGCUUAGUUGCAGAAAAUGGUUUGAUUAAAAUUUCUGAUUUUAGUGGUCUUUCAGAUAUGUAUGCAAGCGACUAUCUCCGCAGUACCGAACAUUCUCCUUUACCGAUAAGGUGGAUGAGCCCCGAGAGCUUAUGUCAGUUAGUAUCUUCAAGCAACACAGUAAGUUUCUCCAGUGCUAGUGAUAUUUGGUCGUAUGGCGUGUUGUUAUGGGAAAUAUUUUCUUACGGAUCAAGGCCUUACUACGGCUUAAGUAACUCUCAAUGUAUGCAGUUAAUAAUGGACUAUAAACUACUAUCUUGUCCGACAGGUUGUUCCGCCGCCAUUUACAAUAUUAUGAUAGAAUGUUGGUCAAAAGAUGCUUCUGUACGAUGUGGAUUUAUAGAAAUAUGUAAUAAACUUAAAUGUUAUGGCGAUAUCAUAUCUCAUAACAAAAGUUCUAGACAGUCUAGUAACAGUCUUCAAUCAAACAACUCGGUACAGAGAUCAGCUAAUUCUUUGCAAUCUCAUCGGUCGGAUUUUUCUAUCAACAAGAUGCACAAAACCAGUAAUGGGGUUAGUUAUGCCUAUCAACAACUAGAACGCCCCACGAUGAACGGUUAUUUUCAUGAAAGACGCUCCUCAAUCAGAGGCAGUCCAUCUCAACAAGUUGGAAUUGUGGAGAUGGAUUUUGAAUUCCUGCCCUUAUCGUCUCUUCCACAUAAUCGGCAACCACCACCUAGUUUUGUAUCGAGUUAUUAUCCACCUUCAAUGAACUGUCCACCAGCAUCUGCUGUUUUAAGUCAGCCAUCUCAUUCCAGUCAUUGUUCUAGUAGUUGUAACCGUUCAGGUUGUAGCUAUAAAUCUCCAUCAAGUAGCUGUGUUGAUAACUCACAUAUAUACCUGUGAUAAUGUGUAUUAGUUUUUCCUCUCAGUCGGCAAAUGUGGUAGUGAUAUUUAGUAUAAAAUACGUAUGAGUUCUAAAAGCCUGAUUUGUAUAAAUUCUGAUAAAUUAAUUCAAAUAGUCUGGUAAAAUGGGCUAAUUCAUAUAAUUAAUUGUAGUUUGAAAUGACAAACCUUGAAACAUCUUGCUUUACAUGUAUAUAAAUUUAAUCUAUAACAUUUUUGUACAGAAUUUUUAGUAAGUUUAGGCAUUUUUUUUGUUUUUAA